GAUCAGCUGAUGACUCCUUCCUUUUUGAUGGAUGCAGGAUUUGCAGCCUUCGACGCUUUGAAGGGCUCACAGGAAUCCGUUUCUCUUCAAAAUACAUCUGUACUACUGAAAAUAACACCACAAUAGCUUUAAGUUUAUUGGCAUUAGAAGCAUUAGAUAGCAGACCUGGCGCUAUUGGUGGAGUGGAUGAUGAACGGCCACGCAAUUUUAUACACCGGGGUCACUUUGGCCUUCUGGACGACCAUCCUGAUCGUCGGUAUUUGCUAUACGAUUUUUGACCUUGGAUUCCGAUUUGAUGUAGCAUGGUUUUUAACAGAGACUUCUCCCUUUAUGUGGGCUAAUCUUGGAAUUGGCCUGGCCAUUUCUCUGUCUGUUGUAGGAGCUGCAUGGGGGAUUUACGUCACUGGGUCCAGCAUAAUUGGUGGUGGUGUCAAAGCCCCAAGAAUCAAGACCAAAAACCUUGUCAGCAUUAUCUUUUGUGAAGCUGUUGCUAUUUAUGGGAUCAUCAUGGCAAUUGUCAUUAGCAAUAUGGCAGAGAACUUCAGUGGCACAACUCCAGAGACUAUUGGGGCAAGGAACUACCAAGCAGGCUACUCCAUGUUUGGUGCUGGCCUCACUGUUGGCUUUUCAAACCUCUUCUGUGGCAUAUGUGUUGGCAUCGUGGGCAGUGGAGCUGCUCUGGCAGAUGCUCAGAAUGCCAGCCUCUUUGUCAAGAUCCUCAUCGUUGAAAUUUUCGGCAGUGCCAUUGGACUGUUUGGAGUGAUCGUAGCCAUAUUGCAGACAUCAAAAGUAAAAAUGGGAGAUUAGAUGACUACAAGACCUAAAGAUCAAAGAUGCUGUGUUGCUGGUGCAAACGGAGAGUGUAAAUACAUAGUAAAUUAUUUAAAUGUAUUUUUCUUUGUGUUUGUUUUACCAUCAUUUUCUGAAGAUUGAAAUACAUGUGCGCCAAUUUGUCUUAAAAGAGUGCAUGGUGAUGUCAGAUGCAGAUCUUUGACAAAACUUUCACACUUUGUAUUGAAAGAGAUGAAACAUCUCAUAAUAAGAAAAAGCAUGAAAAUUAAAAUACCACUUAAUGUUUUUGGACAUACAUCUAUAAUGACAUAAAAGUAUAAAAUGUAAACGUUUGAAUUGCGAGUUUGAAGAUUUUUUUAUUUUAUUUUAUUAUUAAAUCAAGGUAUUUUAUUUGUUAUAAAAACAAAUAUAUAGUCUAAAUGAUCCUGCAUACAGUGAUGGAAGUCUGUCCGUAGACCCAAGAUAAAGGUCCAUUUUUAAAUAAAGGGUGUUAUGUUUGUUAUAAUCUCAGCCUCCAAUACAUAGUUUGCUGUGAUUGUUCUGUAAAGUACAGAAAAAGUGAAAAUUGCAUUAGUAAGGUUCUGUGAAUUAAGUGGCAUAAAUGGUGAAGUGUUCUCUUGAUCGCUGUAUGCAAGAAGUCCUUGUUAUAGUGUGAACAGCAUCCGAUAUAUCCAGUGUGGCUGACCUGAUUUCACUCUCAUGUGUUGCAUUGUUUCAUGCUUCUUUUGAACUCAAAUAAAUGCUAUAAGAAAAUAAAUAGUUAUACCAAAACUCUGGUGUUAAACAAACAAACAAAAAAUCUUAUUUCUACCAGUGUGAAUCCUCACUUUUCAACGGGCACUCUUCAGUUCUAGUUGGUUAAAAAUGAGAGGCUAUAAUAAUCUGAUAUGUGUACAUAUUAAAAGCAAUUGAUUUUUGUGGAGCAUGAGGGUGAUGACAUUCUGUAUUUUCCUAGCUACAUGUUGUCGUGAUUUUUGUUGAUUCUUUGUAUUUUUUUUAUUUUAUUUGUGUAUUGCAAGCAAAAAGUGGUCUUGAUCCCCAGUUCGCUAUGUUUACUGUAGGAAGUCCAAAUUUGAAGCUGUAUGAAAGAUAUGUAACAUUUAUCUUUGCUGCUCUUUUCAGUAAGCCCAGAAAAUUAUUGUCUUAAAAGCAAUUGCAAUGUUGCUGUUCAUAGAACACCACUGCACAGCAAACAGCUGUUUGGGAUAGGUUUUAAUUGGCUAUAGGUUAUCUUUAUAUAUUGUGAAAAUUCUAGCUGCACACUGGUUAUGGAAAUCAUCAUCAAACUUGUAAGAUCACUUGGCCUUCUUUUAGCUCUUCUGAAAUCCUUUUUCUAUCUAUGAUGUAUUUGUGAAGUGGCGGUACAUACUAAACCUAAUGAUUUUACUAACCCCUGAAUGUACACACUUCAAAAUCAAGAUCUGUUUUGAAGCUUAAAUAUCUGGUGUUUCAGUUAUGAUGUUCAAAUAACACACCCCAUUUGUAAAGCACUAUGGUCUUGUGAAUAGUUCCCUGAUGACCAAUAUCCUCGCUCAUUUACAAGCAACAGUCCUGCGCUGGGACUACUUUGUUUUCUUGCAUACACGUUUAUUUUGAAACAUUCCAAAUGAGACCUGGUUGUAACGAUUUGGUGGUUCAACUCACUCCUGGUGGAUCGUAAUGAUCAAAGAAGCAACAAAUGUGCGCUUAUGAAUAGAGAGACUGCUUUAGGUCUCGAUAUCAUGGGGCUUCCAGGAGCUUGAUUGGCUGUCCAUUGUGGUUCAGUAGUCUUAUGGAAAAUGACCUCUUACCCAUGUCUCCUGUUUCAGUAAUUGUGUUAAAUAUGUUAAUGUGGUGAUUUCAUUGUUUUGAUGUGUACAAGUGGAUCCUCUUGACUUCAUCACUGUACUUGAAGAAAUAAAAGAAAUGUAAAAACA